CACAAACUCCAUCUUUUAUCUUUCUUUCACUAAUUAAUCAGUCUCAAUUUGUUAACUUCAUUUCAAAGCUCAAAAAAAAGAAACCCUAGAAAGUUUGAUGGGGAGGGGAAAGAUUGUGAUCCAAAGAAUCGAUAACUCAACAAGUAGGCAAGUGACUUUUUCAAAGAGGAGAAAUGGAUUGUUGAAAAAGGCUAAGGAGCUUGCAAUUCUUUGUGAUGCAGAAGUUGGAUUGAUCAUCUUCUCCAGCACUGAAAAAUUGUAUGAAUAUUCAAGCACCAGCGUGAAAUCAGUCAUUGAACGAUACAGUAAAGCAAAAGAGCAACACCAUCAGCUGCUCAAUCCAGAUUCUGAGGUCAAGUUCUGGCAAAGGGAGGCAGCAAUUUUAAGGCAGCAAUUACAUGAUUUGCAAGAAAAUCACCGGAAAUUGAUGGGAGAAGAACUUUAUGGGUUGGGCGUUGAAGAUCUACAAAAACUGGAAAACCAACUGGAGAUGAGUUUGCGUGGUGUACGUAUGAGAAAGGAACAGGUAUUAACUGAUGAGAUUCAAGAACUAAAUCUAAAGGGAAAUCUCAUCCAUCAAGAGAAUGUUGAUCUCUAUAAGAAGGUAAAAUUCAUUCAACAAGAAAACAUGGAAUUACAUAAAAAGGUUUAUGGCACGAGGGACCCAAGUACAGCAAAUGGAAAUGGCUUUGUUCCAUAUAAUAGUUUUACCGUUACUAGGGAACUGCAUGGCCCCAUCCAGCUUCAGCUAAGCCAGCCUACGCCUAAUCUUCAUACACCAGCAAGAGAAUCAGAAUCGAGGUGAAACUCAUUGAUGGCUUUCCGCGAGAAUGCAACUACUUGAAGGGGUGACAAUACUGGUACAGAAGAUGUUAACAUAUGGUAAAGAAGGGUAUCUGUAAUGAGCUUGGAGUUGAAAAUUGAAAUGCAUUUGAAUAAAAUUUUCUUAAAAAUUUGUACUAUUAUAUAUGUAGUCAUUAAUCUCAUAAUUAAGAAAAAAAUAUAGAAUACAGAAUUAAGGUAUAUU